CCUUCUCAAAGCAGUGCUCUCGCCGAGCGGAACCUGCUAUCGGCGCCACGGCAUGGGCGCAAUAGGCAGGACCAUGUUAGACAGCGCGCACGCAUGCCCUCGUGAUCGGCGGGGUGCAAGCAUGAUCAGGGCUGCCGGAUGCGGGGUUGGCAGGGUAAUUGUUAGGUCUGACAGGUUGGAAGAAGGCGGGUUUCUGCAGCUCGUUAUCUGCGGUGAUUGCUUGCGCGACAGCGCACUGCAGGUUGGGGAGCUAUAUAAAGCUCAUUGAAGCUGCACGAGAUAUAUUUUUUCCGUAGGAUACUUUAGCUGUGUUCCCCAAUAUUCGCUCAGUUCUCAUCAUGAAGGUCACUGCAUCCCUUAUCGCGCUUUUCGCGGUCCUGAACGCCGUAGCCGCUGCACCACCGAGCGGCGCAGGUAAUAACGGUAACGGUAAUGGAAAUGGCAACGGGAAUGGCAACGGAAAUGGCAAUGGCAAUGGUAACGGGAAUGGCCAUGGUCACGGCAAAGGGCCAAUGGUAAACUCGAAAGCCCUCCGCGGCUUAAUCAAGGAGAAGGCCCUCAUGGAUAAAGCCCAGACGCUCCAAGAAUUCGCUGCCCUGAGUGGUACCCCAAUCACUCGUGUCAUCGGAUCGCCCGGUCACAAUGCUACGGUCAAUUGGUACUACGACACCAUCAAGAAGCUAGACGAUUACUACAGCGUCUACAUCCAGCCCUUCCCCGUCGUUACUGCUAACGGUAAUCUUACCGUCAACGACGCCCUGAUCGAGUCGGCAACUAUGUCAUUCACCGGCGCCGGCCACCCAGUCGCAGAGCUCGUCCCUGUGGCAAACGUUGCAUGCGAAGCUUCCGACUUCCCAGCUGAAGUCUCUGGAAAAAUUGCCCUCCUCUCCCGCGGCACUUGCACCUUCGGAUCAAAGGCUCUCCUAGCUAAAGCCGCUGGUGCCGUCGGCGUGGUCGUCUACAAUAACGUGGAUGGUGUUGUGCAAGGCACCCUCGGCGAGGAGGGGGACUACCCCCCUACCGUCGGCAUUUCCAAAGCCCAGGGCUUAGAGUUUCUUGCCGCCAUUGCAGCAGGCAAUGCCCAAACUGCCAAUCUCGUUGUCGAGCAGCAAACUGUCAUUACAUACAACGUUAUCGCCGAGACUCUCACUGGUGACCAUAAUAACGUGAUCCACGUCGGCGGCCACUCCGACUCCGUCACCGCGGGUCCAGGAAUCAACGACAAUGGAUCUGGCGGCAUUGGUAUCCUUGAAGUAGCCCUGCACUUGACUAAGUUCAAGAUCAACAACGCCGUCCGCUUCUCGUGGUGGGCGGCAGAGGAGGAGGGUCUCCUCGGCGCCCAUGCCUACGUCAACGCACAACCUCAAUCCGAGCUCGACAAGAUAAAAAUAUACGGAAACUUUGAUAUGAUAGCUAGCCCUAACUACAUCAUUGGAAUCUACGAUGGCGAUGGAUCUGCUUUCAACGUUACGGGCCCAGCGGGGUCGGCGCAGGCCGAACAUCUCUUCAUCGACUAUUUCCGGGAUAUCGAGAAGGUUGACUCCGUCCCCUCCGAUUUCAACGGCCGCUCGGACUACGGACCGUUCUUAGAUGCGGGAAUCGCGUGUGCUGGUCUUUUCACUGGAGCUGAGGGACUGAAGACGGUCGAGGAGGCUGCGAUGUUCGGCGGGGAGGCUGGGAAGGCUUACGACCCCAACUACCACGCUGCGGGCGAUACCGUGGCUAACUGCGAUGGCACGGCCUUCUUGAUUAACACAAGGGCUAUUGCGCAUAUGGUUGCGGUGUUGGCAAAGAGCACGGCUAUCUUGGAGGAGCCGCUGGUGAGGAGAGGGGGGUACCGGGACUUUACCCGCGCGACUGGGGUGCCGAAGAAGCUGGUCGGUGGAUGUGGAACUACAGUCAUGUAGGAAGGUAUACAUACAAGGUUACACUUGAUAAAAGGACAGGGCGUGGUCAUUUCUGUAUAGGGGGUAUAGAUUAUAACGGCGAAAUAUGAGAAAUGAAGAUAUGUCAUGUGACUCACCUAUCCAUGACCACGCAAUUUGCAAACUCGGGAGAUGUGAAAGGGUGACCACCGAGACAAAGGAUAGCACCAUGGAGGGUAAGAGAGAGUAUCAUAAGAAGACGUUUUGCUCAGAAUAGAGGUGGGUUAUACUUUAAAAUGG